AUGUAUUGGCCCAUUGGCACUCCACGCAUUUAUGCCACCAGCAGCAGUCGCGCUCCCGAUCUCAACCUCGUCGUGUCCUAUGACGGCCUCCAGCAGCCCGACGCAUACAGUUCCUCGUCAUCACUCGGCAAAGAUGGACAGUCCCGAGCUGCUGCCGACGACGUCGACUUUCAACACCCCUCUCCUACUCCAUUGACGCCAGCCACGCCGGCUGUCCAGCCCGUCCUGGGAGACGACUUGUUUCCUUCAGCAAAGAGCCCCUCGCCCUCGAUUGAUUCGCGAAACAAAGCUACAGUUCCAUUUAAAGAUCCCGUACUUGCCCUAGCCGUCACCCGUACUGCUCACCUGUUUGGCGUCAUCACGACAACAAGCAUUACCUUGUGGCAAACCAAGCCUACCGUUGUACUUGCAGUCGUCGUGCGAUCCGAGUCUUCUAUCCAAUCUUACGGAACCAAUGUCGACCUCUUAUUGCGUCCAGACUCUGCCAUACUAGUGGUUCAUACUUCCAAAGGAUACCUCAUCACCUAUUCAAUUGCUACCGAUGGCGAGUCGUGUGUCUAUAAACCCCAAUUUCCAAACCACCACAACGUCCAACGGCGAAAACAAAGUCUGAUUGGGCCCCAAGCGGCGCUGAGAGGAGACCAAAUUCUCUGGGGUCCAGGAGAAGGCUCAGGGGUCCGCGACGUCAGCGUGCGAUUCCGAAUGGUGAUCAAGAUCGAUGCUGGUAUUGAAAGUGCCUUGGCACUCGAUGACGAAUUGGUUGUGGCGACAAGGAAGCCCGCCGCUGUUCAAUGCAUCCGAUGGACUCCGGACAGCACGGGCAACCAGACGAGAACCGAGAUUAUAAGCAAGAUGGGGUGGGUCGAGAAUAAGACGUCUAUUCUAGAGAUGACAUACGACAGACCCAUGAAUUUAGCAACCUGGAUCACCAGCGAUGGACGAGUAUACGCGGUACAAAGACAACAAUCGAGGGAGGACUUGGAUUCUGAAGGUGUGGACGCAAAGCGUCUAUUUAAAGGCUACUGUUUUCAUAUUCCUGAAACCUCUGCUAGCCACGCCGUCAAGGCUGUUAUAAAUGCCCGGUUUUCGUUGAUUGCGGCGGGAUGCGCUGACGGGACAGUUUACGUGUACUCUGUUCGAGAUUACUCGGGUAAUAUUGUGCUCUCACAUAAGCAUAAGAUCCCCGUUUCAAACGCCGCUACUGGAGCUUUUACUUCCCUUUGCUACUCCCCUGACGGAUAUUGCCUUUUUGCUGGAUUUGAAAAGGGAUGGUCGACAUGGAGUAUGUUUGGCAAACUAGGUAGCAACAGUUUCGGGUCCGAUGCACGCAUUUCCAGCGGGAAUGAUGAGCAGUGGCUGACCGGAGUGUCGUCAGCUUCGUGGAUCGGAGGCGGUUCUGAAAUCCUACUUGCAGGCCCUUGCCACGAAGCCAUUUGGAGUUUGGAAAUGGCCAAGAACGCAGUCACGGGCUGUUAUAAUGAAGCAAACGUCUUUCGGACGGUCCUUCAGACCCCGGCUGCAGUUAUGGUGUAUCGAGGAUAUGACCUCCCCGAUAUGACGAGCAUCUCAGCCGAGCCCUUUCUGUGGCACACAGCCAGGAUACCUCCAACAUAUUUGUUAAAUCAGUGGCCCAUCCGCCAGACGGUCAUAUCUGCAGAUGGAAGAUACGUCGCCGUCGCCGGCCGCCGUGGCCUUGCACAUUAUAGCGUCAAUAGCGGCCGAUGGAAGACAUUUACAACCGAAGCCAUGGAAAACGAUUUCCAAGUCCGAGGCGGCAUGUGCUGGUAUCAGCAUAUUCUCGUUGCUGCAGUCGAGAGCGACAGGAGCUUCGAGCUGCGCCUGUUCUCAAGAGAAACACCCCUCGACAUGGCUCAAGUAUUAUUCCGCCAGCAUAUCCCCGCACCAGUUGUGCUCGUGACCACGUCUGGUGAAGAUUCUCUUCUUGUUUACACGUAUGAGAAUAUUUUGUAUCAUUUCAUAUUUACCCCAUGGGCGGAUUCUGUUCGUCUUGUUCAGGCGGGACAGAUUGCGUUUCAUGGCAUAGUACGAUCUCCUGCUAGAGUUCGAGGGCUCAGCUGGAUAUUACCUGAAUCUCAGAUGGUGGAUGGGGACCCGUCUCAGGAUGUGGCUGUAGCAUCCGUGAUAUUCUUGGUGGACGGUAAACUAGUUCUUCUGAGCCCUUCGCUCAAUGAAGAGGGCCAGUUGAAGUACGAUAUGCGUAUUAUUGCUCAAAACGUCGAGUACCACGCCAGCAUGAGAGAUCAGCCCCUACUCAAUGUGGCCCAUUUAUCAGACGAUCCGUCACUCAGACGUGGCCCGCCUGCAUUGAAAUAUUCUCUAUGGGUCUUCGACGGCGUGGAGGUGAAGGCGUGGGCUAACAUUAACGAACUGCUGAAUGGUGCUUUGGCCGAUGGCGGCAAAGACUUUCCUGCGCCCGUAUCUGUUCCCGUGGAUUUUUAUCCACUGUCAGUUCUACUGGAAAAGGGCAUAAUACUAGGAGUUGAAUCAGACUUGGUCCAAAGGCGGGAUGUGACGUUUUCUUUUUUCCAUUUCGCCAUCAGGACACACCUGUUUCUGCCCGAGAUUUUGCGCUUUUACCUGCGACAGGGCAGAACGAUUGAAGCGGGAGAGCUCUGUGAACAAUAUCAAAAUUUGGAGUACUUGUCGCACGGAUUGGAAAUUUUGCUUCAUCGUGUCCUGGACGAGGAAGCAGAUACAUGUCCGAAACCUGAAGAUGCUGUUCUUCCCCGGGUGCUGUCUCUUCUGUCAGCAUCAUCUAAAGAGUAUCUAGACGUGGUGCUACAGUGCACUCGCAAAACAGAAGUGCGGCAAUGGAAGACAUUAUUUGCUUACUUGCCUCCAGCGCAAGAGCUGUUUGAGGAAUCGCUGCAACGGGGAUCACUCAAAACCGCAGGCGGCUACCUGAUCGUGCUGCACACACUUGAGGAAUUCCAGUCGCUGACCGACCAGUCUGUACGCGUCUUGUCGAGGGCAAUCCAGGAAGGGGACUGGGAGUUGUGCAAAGAACUCGCCCGUUUCUUAGCGGCUAUGGAUGAGACGGGAGAAGUGCUCAAGGAAGUGAUGGAGGUGGUAAAUAUAGGACAAAAGCAAGGACGUGCUCCCCAGGAGAUAGUGAGUCGGCUGAAGAUUCCGGGUCCAAGGGUUGCCAAUGGCACUAGAAGAAGUAGUAGGGAUGAUGGUGAGGAGACCGAGUCUGAUGUACCGUCGGCAAGCGACGCGUCUAGUGUUGGGUCAACGGCCAGUCCUUUUAACGGAGCUAGGUCGCCAUGA